GGUGCUGGCACAGCCAUUGGAGAGCUGCCUCCAUAUUUUAUGGCGAGGGCGGCCCGACUCUCUGGUGCUGAACCUGAUGAUGAAGAGUACCAGGAAUUUGAGGAGAUGCUGGAACAUGCAGAGACUGCACAAGAUUUCGCUUCCCGGGCCAAACUGGCUGUGCAGAACCUGGUGCAGAAGGUUGGGUUCUUCGGCAUUUUGGCCUGCGCUUCAAUUCCAAACCCUCUGUUUGACCUGGCCGGGAUAACAUGUGGACACUUUCUGGUUCCCUUCUGGACCUUCUUCGGUGCAACCUUGAUUGGGAAAGCAGUAAUUAAAAUGCACAUCCAGAAACUUUUCGUUAUUAUAACAUUCAGCAAACAUAUAGUGGAGCAGAUGGUGUCCCUAAUUGGUGCUAUUCCAAGUAUAGGUCCUUCUCUUCAGAAGCCAUUUCAAGACUACUUGGAAGCGCAGAGGGUGAAACUUCACCACCGAGCGGACAGCGGCGUGGCACAGGGGGAAAACUGGCUGUCCUGGAUGUUUGAAAAACUGGUGAUUGUCAUGGUUUGUUAUUUUAUCUUAUCUAUAAUCAACUCCAUGGCCCAAAGCUAUGCCAAACGACUGCAACAGAAGAUGUACUCUGAAGAGAAAACCAAAUGAGCUUGGGGAAAAAAAAAACGCUUGGGAUGGGUUUUAGCAGACACGAAAAAUGACACAUCUUUCCAUAGGUUUAAAAAGUCAGCAUUAUUCAAAAUGGGGGAAAACUUUUUAACAUCAGUUUUCAACUAUAACAAGUUUUUUAUUUAAUUUUGAAAGUAAUUUGGAUAUUAGAGCAGACGUUUCAUUGACAAACUCCUAAAUGUUAAGGUAAGGUAUAAACGCUUUACCAGACUGAGCUGUAUUAUACAGGAUGGACAGUGUGAUGUUAAUGGUAUUUAACACAAAUGUUGUCCAUCCCAGUUAAUUGCAAAACUGAUGAUUUAAUACUCCGUUUCCUGAUUUAACUUCAGAUUAUCUGAGGGUAACCUUUUAUUUUGAAGGGUGGCAGAUUUGGUUUUUCCAUAAC